AUGGAGGCUCUGAACGGACCUGGACACAACCCCGGUCCCGGUCCGGGACCCGGCGAUGCUCUGCGACAUCCUUCUUCUCCUUCACCCGGCCACCACCACCCGCACGCCGAGAAGAAGCGGCUGCACCGCGCCCCUUCGCCCGCCAGACCCUUCCUCAAGGACCUCCACACCCGCUCCGCCGCCGCCACCGCCGCCAAACCGCCACCCGCACCCCCCAAAUCCCCCGGCCUCUCCAGCCGGCCUCCUCCGUCACCGCAUCCGGGAGCCCACCCGCCGACCGCGGGGCUCCUGGUAGCACCGGGCCGCCUCUCCCGCCGCCCCACCGCCCCGGGGGGCAAGGCCGCCGCCGCCGCUGGCACCGUCGUGGGCAGGGCGGGUGCCAAGGCCUCCCCCUGCGCUAAGCGGGCGGCCCGCGGUCCGGAGCUGGGCCCCAGUGGUCGCGGUGGGGGAAGGCAGCCCGGUAGCGAAGGGGCUCCGCCGCCCGGUAAGGGUAAGAAGGGGAAGCGGGUCUCGGCGGCGGCAGCGGGCAGCGGCCAUGCGGCGGCGGCUCUGGCCCGCGUGGGCCACACGGACAGCAGCUCCGACCUGUCUGACUGCCCCUCCGAGCCGCUUUCCGACGAGCAGCGCCUGGCCCCGGCAGCCAGCAGCGACGCCGAGUCCGCUACCGGCUCCAGCGACCGCGAACGGGAGGCGUCUGCCGCACAACCCGCCUCUGAGCCAACACGCACCGGCACCGGGCGUGGGGCUGCGCCGGUUCCCGGCCCCCGCGGGGAUCCACUGCCCGUGGCCCCGGGUUGGGGGAGAGCAUCGAGCCGCGGGGAACCGGCACCGGCGGCAGCCCCGGAGGAACUGCAGCGGGAGGUGGAGGAGCUGCGCUCGGAGAAUGAGUACCUCAAGGUGAGCAUCACCAGCGAAGAGCAGCCUUGGCCCGGGGAAGGAAAGGGGGGAUGCAGCGGGAGCAGCACAGUCCCCUCCUACCCCCCUAGGGUCCGUGCUGAGGGUGGGACAGUCCCGGGAUAA